UCGCCCGCCUCAGACAGGAUCCUCGGCGCUGCGCUCCCUCACAGCCUCGCUCGCCCGCCGAUCGCCCACAAAGCUCCGCGUCCUUGGCUCCCUCGCAGAGGCCUCCUGCUCCCCCCUCGACACCGCCGCCGCCGCCACCGGCGGACGCUGCUGCUGCUACCGCGAGAGGAGGCUGGAGCCCCGGGGCACCGCCGACGAGGAGAAACCGGAGGCGACGAGGACGAGGAGGACCCCAGCUCCCUGACCCGCAGAGUUGUGGAAUGCUGUGAAGACUUCCGUGGCCCCCACAUUCAUAGACGAAAUACGUUUGGGACUAUUUUCCGCUGAAGGAUAUAUUUCAUCUAUAAAAGAGUGUUCACGUCUUCCACAAUGAAUCCAGUUUACAGCCCCGUUCAACCUGGGGCUCCUUAUGGAAACCCUAAGAACAUGGCCUAUACAGGUAAGGUUGCUUAUAUUACCAUGCUCAGAGGACUAGAUCCCAUGCAGGUGAUGUGCCUUUUUAUGGGGUGGACCAUUUCAGAUGGAAGGUGGCGGCUAAUCAUACAAUGCUCUUUAAUACCCCCACCUCCACUCUCUGCAUGUAGAAAGCUAGAUGUGGGAUGGCAGGUCUAAGCUGGGUUUUAGCCUUGUGAAGUUCUCUCUCUCUCUCUCUCUCUCUCUCUCUCUCUCUCUCUCUCUCUCUCUCUCUCUCUCUCUCUCUCUCUCUGUGUGUGUGUGUGUGUGUGUGUGUUAUCGGCAGAUUGAAGUGGUGUAGUUCAGAUACAGGUUUUCCACGCAGCAGUGUGUAUACCAGGCAGCUGGUUAAUUCAGAUAAGUUGAACCCGUUGCUGUAACCAAGUUUUGUUGUUCUUCUGGGAUCUUGUUGUUACCCCUGGAGUUUCCUUCAAUGCACCAGCUUUUGUUUGAUAAGACUUCUCUCCUCAGGCAUGUUCUAAUGUGAUACUUCAAUUUGUGCUUAACAUUUGGUAUGUCUGCCCUAUGGGAUCUAAUCACUUAUCUUCAGUCUGCACGCCUUAAGAAAGUCAGUGGUUUCUCUCUCUGCUGAUGACUCCUUCCUUCUGCAUAAAUAACUCUCUGCAGGUUACAGUGAUGAACUUUGCCAUGAGUUACCACUGAUGUAACCUGUGAAUAUUGCACAAGAAAACUCAUUCAUAUGUUAGCAAUUACACCUGCUGAAAAUACAAAAUGUAAAAAAAGCCCCUAAUGCAGUUAUUUAAUGCAGGUGGUUUCUUGUUUUAGUUUCAUGCCCAUGCGUCUCAACUCUAUAAAGAUUUCCUCAUUAGAGUUCCUUAGUGAAAAACACAGAUGAAAAUUCCUGUAAUUAUUGGAAGUUGUUUAUGUUCUGCAACUGUAUUGAUGAAGUGUUCCAGUUUGCGAACGUUUUUCGGAAGCCGAACGUCUAACGCGGCUUCCGAAUGAGUGCAGGAAGCUCCUGCAGACAAUCGGAAGCCGCGCCUUGGUUUUCGAACAGUUUCGGGAGUCAAACGGACUCCCAGAACGGAUUAAGUUAGAGAACCCAAGGUACCACUGUAAUAGAAAAUGGGGCCAGUAUCUAUCUGUCCUAGAUCUCUUUGUCACUUUGCAGACAGGAGUGAUACUCAACUGUUCUGGGAUGCUUCUCUUCCUGCACCAGUUGCCACAAUAUAACAGACUAUUGUAAGUCUACAACAGGGGUCCCCAAACAUACCUGGCUUUGGGCUGGUUGCGCGAUGGGCCGAAGGACGGGGGAACACGCUCCCAUACACGCACGCACUUGCUUUUUCUGGCGUGGGUGGCGCUGGAAAUGGCUUCUGCGCAUGCGCAGACAUCAUUUCUGGCGCACUUCCGGGUCGGCGCGGUGACGGAAAUAGCUUCUGCGCAUGAGCACAAGCUAUUUCUGGCGCCGCACCAACCCAGAGAUGGGUAACCGCACCGUGGCACGCCGGUAAGAGUGGGCGGUGGGGGUUGGCGGGGGCCACACAAUUGGCUUGCGCGGGCCGCAUCCGGUCCCCGGGCCUUAGUUUGGGGACCCCUGGUCUACAACUACCAUGCUGUAGAUCUUGAACGAAGCUGCCGUGUGUCCUACAGAGCCUAGUUGUUUUGUUUGGAAGUGUCUUCAUUCCUGCUACUGCAGCCGGUAGCAAGAGACUGUCUCUGAAAAACCAUCUCAGUAGGAAGUUAGGAAGAUGGGCAUUUUGACCAACGCCAGUUGGCAUGCAGGGACCUAAAAUAUGAGCUGAGCAUCUAGUGCAUAGAAAGGUGAAGGGAUGGGGCAGCUUAAGAGGUGCAGAUACCUGGGGAGAGAGACCUGAGGAGGAAUGAUGUGAUGGCUGGUGAUCCAUAAGAAUUGCAUAAGAGGCAAACCUGCAAAGGACCUGGAAACAGAACAAUAUAUUGGAACAGACAGAGUGUUCCAGCAGAAAAUCAGGAAAUGGCUAUAAGGGAAUAAGAGUUCAGGAGAGGCUGAGAAUAAGCAUUCAUGUCAUGUCUGAGCUUGGUUCUUUGUGUGUCUUUGUAAUAUGCAUGAAGAUAAAUGUUGUUUAAUAGCAUUAAAAUAUGUUGCCUCCUAAACAUAGAAGACAAGCUUAUGGGGCUGUGAUAAUCUAAUGUGUUCUGUAGGCAGCUGUAUAAAAGAGAUGCAUUUAAAACUUAUUUCAGACUCAUGGGGCACAAUUGGAAAAUAGGAAGUUUUGUCUGUGGCCUUGGCUGCUGAAGGAGCAAAGGGCUUUAUUUGCUAAAAUAACAAAUAGCCCUGUUCCAUUUAGACUAACCAAGGUGCCACAAGACACACCUGUAGUUGACAAAAGGAGCACUCAGUCUCCUGGCAUUUGUAAAUACUUGUUUCCUCUCAAGUGAUGCAGUAUACAUUUUGUUCAGCGUUUUCCAUGAUUUAUCUUCUUCUGGCUGAGGUUGUAUCUUGUAUAGCCUUUUUUAAAUCUCCUUAUUUCAAUGUGCUUUCUCCUUCAAAUUCAGCAUUAUUACUCAUGCUGAAUCUAUAUUGUGAAAUAGUGUGCAGCCAAAUGGCUGGAACGAUGCUGAAAUGUUGACUGAGCCUUACGUAUUGGAAUGGGUUGUUGCCCUCCUUUUGCAUGACUGCAGUUUAGGGAAAAUGUCAAGCGCCUUGGCUUUAUUCUGCCUGCAUGUCAGUGACAGGUAACUGCUCUGUCUGUCUUAACAUCCGAUGAAUCAAAUGAGCUAUAUGACUUGAUUUCACCAAAGUGUUUUAUUUGAGCUACCUCGUCUUUUGAAAGGGAAGGCUGCAGUUUGAGUAGCUGUUGGUCCAAAUAAAAGGCAUUUAUUCACUUUCAGGACCAACACUGUUCCGGUGACAUAGACCUGCUGAAAACCCUAGCGCUGUAUCUAAUUUGAAUUGAUUUAAAAUAGAUAAGCCCCCGCCCCCAAAGCAGGGAUGGAGAAGGUGGUACCCUCCAGAUCAGGCAUAGGCAAACUCCGGCCCUCCAGAUGUUUGAGACUACAAUUCCCAUCAUCCCUAGCUAACGGGACCAGUGGUCAGGGAUGAUGGGGAUUGUAGUCCCAAACCUCUGGAGGACCGGAGUUUGCCCAUGCCUGCUCUAGAUAUUGUUGGACUGCCAUAAACUCCGUCCUACAUGGUUAGUGGCUCAAGGAUAGUGGGAUUUGUAGCCUGGCAACAGGUAGAGGGCCACAUCUGUUGUAUAGGAUGUACAGUCCUCAUAUGAUGGCUAAAGAGUGAUGCUCCAAUUCUCAAUAUAAUGUACAGUAUAUACAAUUGGUAAGCUUAUCACAGCUUAAAUAACCCCAGACAGGACGAGACAACUUCACAGCUAGUUGCCAGGCACUCCGGGCACCCCAGGCACUCCGGUCUUCCACUGCCUCCCGCAGUUUGGUCAAACUCAUGUUCGUAGCUUCAAGAACAUUGUCCAACCAUCUCGUCCUCUGUUGUCCCCUUCUCCUUGUGCCCUCCAUAUUUCCCAGCAUCAGGGUCUUUUCCAGGGAGUCUUCUCUUCUCAUGAGGUGGCCAAAGUAUUGGAGCCUCAGCUUCAGGAUCUGUCCUUCCAGUGAGCACUCAGGGCUGAUUUCCUUCAGAAUGGAUAGGUUUGAUCUUCUUGCAGUCUAUGGGACUCUCAAGAGUCUCCUCCAGCACCAUAAUUCAAAAGCAUCAAUUCUUCGGCGAUCAGCCUUCUUUAUGGUCCAGCUCUCACGUCCAUACAUCACUACUGGGAAAACCAUAGCUUUAACUAUAUGGACCUUUGUCGGCAAGGUGAUGUCUCUGCUUUUUAAGAUGCUGUCUAGGUUUGUCAUUGCUUUUCUCCCAAGAAGCAGGCGUCUUUUAAUUUCAUGACUGCUGUGAUAUGAUAAUAUUUACAGUUUGAUAAUAAAUAAUAGAAUCAUAGAAUCAUAGAGUUGGAAGAGACCACAAGGGCCAUCCAGUCCAACCCCCUGCCAAGCAGGAAACACCAUCAAAGCCUUCUUGACAUAUGCCUGUCAAGCCUCUGCUUAAAGACCUCCAUAGAAGGAGACUCCACCACACUCCUUGGUAGCAAAUUCCACUGCCGAACAGAUCUUACUGUCAGGUAGUUCUUCCUAAUGUUUAGGUGGAAUCUUCUUUCUAAACAUUAGGAAUAUUACAGGUGUGGAAAAGAGGCUGCUGUUGAUGCUGUUUGCCAUAGCAUACAACUCUGAUGUUAUAUCAAAAUGUCGGUGCGGGUAGGGGUGGGGUUAUUGGGUUGGUUUUAUUUUCAUUAUGUAUUUUGUGGUUUUAUAUUUUGAUUUUAUUCUGUGAACCGUCCUGAGACCUCUGGCUUUAGGGCGGUAUAUAAAUACUUUUUUUUAAAAAAAAAGUGCACUGUGUAUAAUCCUAUGAUCUAGAGGGUGGGAUGUAAAACUAGGUCAGAUCUGCACAAUUUGGCGUACUGCGUUGGGUUGGCAAUAAGCUUGAGGACACCAGUGAAGCAGCACAAGAUGCAAGAGGUAUGUCCCAAGGCUCCCCUACUAAUAUCACAAGAUAUUACGUUUGGUGCCACUUAAAUUUAGUGCAGCUCUUGGAUUCCACUGACUGAGCCAUUUCUGAUCUGAUAGCUUCAUCGGCAUCCUCUGAGACAGCCCAAGGCAUUUCAUAUGCUGGCUUUACCAACCUGAAAUUAAUAUACAGUACACAUAUAUAAAGUUUGUAUCCUUUGAACGAGUUACCUAUGAAAUAUGUUGGGAAUAGAGGAUGUUGUGUCUGUAUGCACCUGCCUUCUCCACUCACAAUGUUCCAAGGGAUCCUUGAGCUUACCCUUGGGGUCUUGUGAUGCAGUCAAAUGUCACAGCUAUGUACCUUUGGCUAACACGCUAUGAUAUGGGCUCCUCGCUCAAUCUUUCCAAGAUUAUGGAAUAUAAAGGUGGAUUAAUGUAGAAGCCAUAGCAAAAUGUUUUUAGGUAUGUUAGUAUUUGGUUCCAUUUUGUAUUUUUCUAUAUUCUGCUUCUAUUUUAUUAUUAUUAUUAAUAGGGAGUGCUUCAGUGAAAAAUCUGGGAGGGGGAUAUUUUGGAAAAAAUAUAUAUAAUAAGAAUAAUAUUGGAGAAAACUGGGUAUUGAAACCUGCUUAACCUAAGUCAUAUAUCCCAGUUUCCAGCGGCCCUUUAAAGUACGCUUCACGCAGAGUAUACGCAGUCAGAAGUUGACUUGGCUAAGAAAACACCACCAAGAGUGUAGGGUAUUAUUUCCCUUAUAUGAAACCCCUUACUAGCUGUACACUUGUAAAAGUAUACAGAUGAAAAUACAAACGAUUGGGUUUUUUAACUGAAAAACAAAGUGACUCUAAAGCGACUUUAAACUAAAGAUAAAUGCUUUCUCUCUUAACAACUUUAUCUACCCACAUUCCAACCUUCAAACCAUUCCAAACCUCCCACAAACUCCCAUAUAACUCCCAUUAAACUACCCAAGAAUUAACAGCAAACUAGCUUUAUAACUAAGCAACUCUCAUACUAAGAUUCAACUUGGAAUCUCUUAAACUGAGAAUUAAAUCACACUGAGAGAUAUUUAACUGAGAGAGUGAUCUACUAAGAGAUGCAGAAGGCUUUCUGGCAGAGCCUUAUAUACAAGGAGCAGAGCCCACGCCUGUGAACAAUUAACAGAAAUCACCGGCACCUGUUUCUCUUAAACAGACAGUAUUUACAUUAGUCCGGCUCUAAAGUAACUUGACUAUUCAAAAAAUCCAACAGGAUAUGCUUUGAUAAAGUAUUGUGAGCAGUUACAGAAAAUAAAACGUGAUGCAUGCAAGGAAGCAAGCAAGCUCUCUCUCUCUCACACACAUACAUUCUUAUAUGAGUUUAUGUGAACAUUCCAUGUUUGCUGCUUCAGAUAUUUGAAACAAGCACCAUUUGAAAGUUUAGGUUUGUGCAUGGAGCCCUUUUCUUUCCUGCUGGACCCCGAUUUGGAUGAGCCCGAAGCUCCAUCUUCAUCUUCCCAUUCGGCAAAUAUUCUGUGGAGUAUCAGCCAUUCUGUUACCUAAUUCUAUUGCCAUGGAUUUGUGGAGGGCCAGAGGACUAACCUCAUCAUAAUGAACUCAAAGGUGCUCCCCAGGGCAUCCCAUAAUAUAAUUUGGCUCUUCUAGUAAGAGCCGCAAUUUGAUCUAUUUCUCUUUGCCAUUGAGUGGCGAUAGUAAUUAAAUAGUGAUGUUUUGAAAAAUCAGCAGAGGUAACUUAGCUGGACAAAGCUUUCACCAAUAAAUGCACUCAUAAUUUUUUCCCUGUUGAUGAAGUGUCUCCUUGAUUCAACAGGAAAAGUAUAUUGACAGGGCUAGAAAAAUAAUUCUAGUGUCUAGGCAGUGCCGGCAUCAAUCUUUCAUGCGCUCAACUUUCAGAAGCUUGAAUAAAUAUUUCAAAGUAGUAAGACUCAGCGUUCAACUUCUACGAGUUCAUGCACCUGGGAUUUUUCCAACCUUGCAUAUUGAGCAAGUAUGAAGUUCUUUUCUUUUUACAUUGCAUUAAUGAGUGUGUGUGGCAUUUAAAGAAAUAUCCCAGCCUGAUAUUUGAACAUAUGUAUGUAUUGAUGAUUUCACUUGCUCUAGGUAGUGAAAUGAUAGUUGUAAUAGUGGCGGCAGUAGUAGUAGUAGUGAGUGUGUAGUUUUUAUUAUUAGUAUUAUUUAUAUGCCACCCAUCUGACUGGGUUGCCCCAGCCAUUCUGGCCAGCUCCCAGCCAAACUUGAACUUGAGCUUACUAUUUGAGCUUCUUUUGAGCAAGUCAUGAUCUCUCAGCCUAAUCUAUGUUGUGAGAUACCUGUAAAUAAUCAGAGCCCUGUUGGAUCAGACCAAAAGCCUAUGUAGUUCAGCCUUCUUUUCUCACAGUGGCCAACCAAAGGCCUAUUGGGAACCACAAGCCGUCUUUGUGCAACCCAUUAUCUUUCUAGAAAGCGUGGGCCAAAUUUCCACCGUGGGUGGUUUUGUUUGUCUCUGACCAGUGUCACACUCUGGCUCCUUGGCACCAGAAUAUAUCCCCCAUAGGAGAAAAUGCAGGAUUUAAGAAAGGGAAGAUAACAAAGGUUUAUUCAGGAGCGGUAUGUUGAAGGCUCCUCUUCAAAUGUCUGCUAAUUUCAGCUAUUUGCAGUUGUAGGUUUAUUAUUUCUUCCCCCCUCCAGUGGCUGCAAUCCACCUGAAGCAUCUUUUGUUUUCGCUAGCAGAAUGGGAGAAGCAAGAGGGUUGAGGUUUGAUAGGUGGGAGAGUCAGCCUGCUAGGAAGUCUAGGAAUGAAGCUGCUGGCUCUGUUGAGUGCUUUUGAGCAAAAUUGUAUGGAAUUGAGGGACCAAGUGAAUGUGCAUUUCAGCUAAUCAGGUACUCAAAUGACCUUUAUUUGCCCUGUUAGAGGUCCCAGGGAGAGAUGGAAUCGCUUGAAAAGGAAAAGGAAGGCAAAUUCAAACACGGAAAUGCUUAACAAGGUCCCCAGGAAUGUAAGUGAAAGCACAAAAGGCAGGAAAACUUAGAUGUUGCCAGUGUGAGAACCCAUACACAGAGCACUGAUGAAUCAAUUGAACCACUAGAGUCUUUAGAUGUUUGUCUUGGCUGCCCAGGAGGCAAAGAGUUGUCACAAGAGUGGCUUUUAUUUUAAAAACCAUGAAACAGAAAACUUCAGGAUGGAGAAGAAUAGCCCAGGCACAAAAUAUAUCAAAAGCUCUUCAUGUCCUACCAUACCAUUUUUCUUGCAUGGGGUGAGCUAAAUCUGAAUUACAAAAGGGAACAGAACUAUAUAUUUUUUUGUUGUUGCCUAAAGAUCGCUCAACAUUUUAAUGAAAAUGACUCCCCUUUAUUUAUAUGAGAAAUAUCUGUGCUGUUACCGUAAGACUGUCCAUGCUGGGCCAAGGCAACAGUCCCCAUAAUCAGCCACAUCAAGGGUUUUCAUAACUCUAGGCCGGGUGACAGUUCCUGUCCGUUAGCAAGUCCCCAGAAUUCUUAAAAACCAGCAUUUUGGAAUGACAAAAUUCAAAUUAGCAAGGGGCGGGGGAGGAGCACAACAGCACCAAUGGCAGCAAGAGCAGGCAGAGGACUGGGAAGGAGGUCUUGGAAAAGUAGCAUGUGCUACCAUCAAACAGAGACACAUGCCAUUCCCAUAAGCAGCAGCUCCCACCCACCCCGGUCAGGCUUGGGGCCUGGUUUUAUUAGAGGUUGCAGCCGAGGGUCAUGUGGGCCAGAGGCAGAAGGCAUAGUCAUGGAUGGGCUAGUGGUCAGACAAGUGGAUUUGGCAAACAAGAGGAAAGAUGCAAUCAAAAGCAUACUUGUGGUCUAGCACACCAGGCUGGGUGAACAAACACCUAAGUUCUAGACCAGGCUUCUUCAACCUCGGCCCUCCAGAUGUUUUUGGCCUACAACUCCCAUGAUCCCUAGCUAGCAGGACCAGUGGUCAGGGAUGCUGGGAAUUGUAGUCUCAAAACAUCUGGAGGGCCGAGGUUGAGGAAGCCUGCUCUAGACUAUGGUCUGAAGGCCCAUGAAGCUAAGCAGGCCUGGAUGGGCGAAUGCCUGGGAGCCACAUGUGCUAUAAACAUACAAAUAACAUGGAACAGUAAAGUAUAAAUACAUUAUCAUAGUAUUUUUGCAAAUGCAUAUGAAACAAAAUUACCAAAGUGUUUUUUUUGUAGAACAUAUACAGAAAUGUGAAAUAUAUAUAUGCGUCUCAAUAAAAUAUAUUUAACAAAACCAAAAUAAAAACGACACUUAAAGAUGCUAUGAACCCCCCCCAAUUGAGAACAAUAAAAACCUGAUCAAUAAAACUCAAAAUGUCGUCUUUAAAACCCUCUCUUUAACAAUAUAUGCAGAUAGCUAAAUCACAAUCAUGAAAAUAAACAGACAACUUUUAGUGAGGCAUUGAACCUAUUAUAUAAACUGGAAUCAGCUGUCUGUGCAGUCAGGUACUACUAAUGAAACCCGUUUUCUGAAGAUGAGAGGUUGUAGCAGGUGCAUUGUUUAAGCUAAAUGGAACGGAAUGAAGAGAGGAUUUUAACCACUUACUGGUAUAAAGUACCUAGGACUAGAUAAAUAGGUGGUAUGUUAGAAAACCUGGAAACAAGUAGCAGAGGAGAAACAAUGAAGGAGAAAAUCCUAUAUGUGUGUUCACAGCAAAGGGAGGAAAUCCACUUCAUUGCUUCACCAGCAAUUUGACAGCCAGCUGAUGUACAUUUUUAACGGUCUCAAGGACGUGUGGUGAUUAGUGUGGUGACACUCUCGAAAUGCACCACCAGAAGAGCGCCAGAUCUACAAGUGCAGAUGUUGCCAGUGUUUUCAAAUGUAAAUAUUUCCACACGAGCAUUUGAUGGCAUAUAAACCAAUGAGGGCAGCCAAAAGUAGUAAAGUUUUUGUGCAUUUUAAUGGUCAGCUGGACUACUGAAUGAAUGCAUCCUGUUGGUGUAUUCUGAAUCGAAACAGUUUCCACUCCGGCGAUGUCCGUAAGGUGCCAAAGUGGGCUGUUGAACUAUGCACGUCAUUACAAACCGACCAGUCUUUGCAAUUCCUGGCUCUUUUAUAAGCAUUUAGAGGUUUCUUUUCAUGGCUGCUACAUUGCGUAGCAAGUGCCAAAAUUUAUAUAUAUAUAUAUAGUGCACUGCAAAGAUUUGCUUACAUAAUCAAAAGUUAAGCUGCAAGUGACUGACUCUAUUCUGGGCACUUUUUGUAGCUUUCUGAACCAAGCACAUUCCUAUUUGAGCUCAAAGCUUUGGAUAUGGCUGGUGUAAUUAUGUUCUUCGAAUAGUCUCUGCUCAAAAGAGAAGCCUGUACUUGCAAGGCCCCUGCGCUGAAAUCUCUUAAAUUAGCACAGUUACAUCUGAGUGGAAGGAAUUGCCCAAAAGGGAAAUUCUGGCUAAUCAUAAUAUGGUACAGAUAGCUGUCAGAUGUUAGAUGGACAUUUCUAUCUGUUUACUCCCUGUAUAGUCCGAUGCUGAAAUACACUUCUUGAAUCAGUCCCUUCAAUUGAGAGAGCAAAACAUCUGAAUCCCACUGUUGAACUUAUAGUUCUCUAUUUACUUCUCUUUUUUUGGCUAGAGCUUGGUGCUAGUCGAUAGGCUAAAUCCAUGCCUUGGUUGGGUUCAGAUCACCAGUUCAGGAUCUUCUGCAGACUAGAAGGCUAGAAACAUGCUCUUCUUACCACAAGAGAAAGGUGAGGUGCUUAGGAUUCAGAGGCAGAUUGUGCAAGUUCCAGCUUGGUGACAUUUGUGGAGAAUUUCAGCCUCAUUGACCUUGAUUCUCUUUAGCACACGGGAGUGCAUUUUUGCAUCUGUUGUUCACAGCGUUACAAACCUGCGCCUUAAUUCUGGUUUGCAGUGUAACUUUCCAAAUGAUUUCCCAGGGGAAUGUGCUGUGCUGGUGGCCCCAAUUAAAACAAAGGGCAAGAUGGAAAACUGCUGGCUCUUCUGCCUUCUGGUGUUCAAGCAGUCUAAUCCUCUGCUUUUAAUAAACAAAACAAAACAAAAAGAUUCUUUGAGGAUCCUACAAGGGCAAGCACAUUGUGUUCCGUUGCUCCUUUUUAAUGAUAACUUCACUAUGAAUGACUCACAGCUCUGAGGUUUCAGAGGUAAAAGCCAGAGUAGGGUGUGUGUGUGUGUGUGUGUGUGUGUGUGUGUGUGUGUUGUCUUGAGGAUGGCUUUGAGCAGGGUCAGGCAAUUGUGUAGUCUCCCCAGCCGACAAGUCCAGUCACUUGUCAAGUCGCACAGUACUUGUUCCUUGAUCUCAGGCCAGUUUUUUGCUGCUAUAUUGACCCUUCCAACUCUACAGUUCUGCGAUUCUAUGAAUUGAUGACUGUAAUGUAUUAGAGCAGGGAUCAGCAAACUUUUUAAGCAGGGGGCUGGUCCACUGUCCCUCAAACUUUGAGGAGGGUCGGACUAUAUUAUGGGGGCGGGGAUGAAUGAAUUCCUAUACCCCACAAAUAACCCAGAGAUGCAUUUUAAAUAAAAGCACACAUUCUUCUCAUGUAAAAACACCAGGCAGGCCCCACAAAUAACCCAGAGAUGCACCGUGAUGCAGUAUGAAAGGACACUUUCUAUUGUGGACCAGUAGAAGGAGAUCAUCAAAUGUUGAUUGACAUCGUUCUUUUGCAAUACUCUAAGGAAAUGGAGUCUCUGUUGGGCUUUCUUAACCACCUGGGUUGUAUUGAUUUUCCAAGUAAGGUCUUCACUGAGAUAAACUCCUAGGAAUUUAAAGGAAGAGACUCUCUCUACACAGGCCUCCCCGAUGUAAAGCGGGGCUAGUUCUCCUCUCUUCCUCCAAAAGUCCAACACCAUCUCCCUUGUCUUGCUGAUAUUAAGGUGCAAGUUGUUCCCUAGGCACCUGCCGGGUUGGUUUGGAAGAGCAGUCCAAAAUUUACUUCAGUUCAAUUUGGAUGUUGUUGUUGUUGUUUAGUCCUUUAGUCAUGUCCGACUCUUUGUGACCCCAUGGACCAUAGCACGCCAGGCACUCCUGUCUUGCACUGCCUCCCGCAGUUUAGUCAAACUCAUGUUCGUAGCUUCGAGAACACUGUCCAACCAUCUAGUCAGUGAAAGCCAGGCCUCAAAAGACCCUUCUCUGUGCAUAUCAGGUGGACAUAAAGGUAAAGGUAAAGGUAAAGGGACCCCUGACCAUUAGGUUCAGUCGUGACCAACUCUGGGGUUGCAGCGCUCAUCUCGCAUUAUUGGCCGAGGGAGCUGGCGUACAGCUUCCAGGUCAUGUGGCCAGCAUGACAAAGCCGCUUUUGGCGAACCAGAGCAGCACACGGAAACGCCGUUUACCUUCCCGCUGUAGUGGUACCUAUUUAUCUACUUGCACUUUGAGGUGCUUUCAAACUGCAAGGUUGGAAGGAGCUGGGACCGAGCAACAGGAGCUCACCCCAUCGCAGGGAUUCGAACCGCCGACCUUCUGAUCAGCAAGCUCUAGGCUCUGUGGUUUAACCCACAGCGCCACCUGCGUCCCAUAUAGCAGGCCUUUUACCUUUACCUUUUCAGCAGGUGAGCUGAGAGUGCCAGUGGCCACUAGGAGCAGCAUUGGCAAUGUCAAUGGGAGCCUCAGGCUUCCUAUAGAGGAACAGCAGAUCAUAUAUUUGCUAGGGGCAUGCAGUAAUUGGAUUCAUUCUUGGAAAAGGGAGCAUUCUUGCCUCUGGUAAUCUUCUUUUUCAAAUAUUUUUAUUGAGAUGACAGAUUAUGAGUGGAGCAACGCUCGAAAAUAUACACAUUCUCAUAUACAGUGUUAGAAACAGAUAUGAAAGCUAGGAGCUAAAUGGCACCUUAAACCUAGGUUACGGGCGCAACAAUGGAAUGCCUAGGCACAUUUUUUAAUAACAAGAAUACAAAGCUGAAAAUGAAUGAAUGCAGCUAAAAUGUUAUGUUCAUUUUUCACAUGGUCUAAUCCUUCCUCUGCCCCCCCCCCACUAAUAUUCUUAAGUGGGUCUCUUCUCCAGUCUUCAGAGAGUAGCUGGAAGUGGGGAGGCAGCAAAAGGUCCUCCUUUCCUUCCACUCUGCAGUUUUAAUCUGAAAUUUUAGGCGCAGUACUGUGCCCAGAGCUCAGAAACGGCUCACGCUAAUGAAAUUCCCUGUCGCAAAAUGUGCCUAGAACAGGGGUCAGCAAACUUUUUCAGCAGGAGACUGGUCCACUGUCCCUCAGACCUUGUGUGGGGCUGGACUAUAUUUUUUUUUUAAAAAAGAAAAGAACGAAUUCCUAUGCCCCACAAAUAACCCAGAGAUGCAUUUUAAAUAAAAGGACACAUUCUACUCAUGUAAAAACACGCUGAUUCCCGGACCGUCCAUGGGCCGGAUUUAGAAGGCGAUUGGGCCAGAUCCAGCCACCGGGCUUUAGUUUGCCUACUCAUGGCCUAGAACAGGGAUUGGGGAGGCUCGGGAGUCAUGGGCAGGCAUUACAGUUUUGCCCAGGAGGGGCGCAAGGCGUGUGAUUUCUCUGCCGGGCAACUUGCAAAGCCUUUCUUUCGCAUUCUUCAACCCCCCCCCCACCUCUGUUUCUGAACUAUCUUCUCAUCUCUCCAGCUGCAUAUUACUCCAGGAGAGCAGGGUGUCACGUUUCCCAGGGACAUUUAAUGAAAUCCGGGGACAUUCCGGGGACAUAAUUUUUCUGGGGACAGAUUUGCAAAUCCGGGGACUGUCCCCAGAAAAUGGGGAUGUCUGGUAACCCUAGACUAGAUGGGCCAUUGGCUUGUUCCAGCAGACUCUUUAUUUUGUUCUUAAGUCUAGGCUUUAUUUCACCCGGGUCAAAGACCCAGUUUGGCACACUCCCAUGCACAUUUGCGUACACACACACACACACACACACACACACACAAUGGCACCCCUCUGGAGGCUUCAGCCAGGGCAAAAAACCUGGCUAGCCCCUCGCCCCGUAGCUAUGGCUCUGCUUAAAGCUCUUGCCAGGCUUUGUUUUCGUCCAUCCGGAGCUGUGUGUGCUUUAAGAGCAGUAAACCUCUGAAAUCUGCACCUCUACAAUCUUUAGACUUCCAUGAGUCAUACACAACAACUUUCUUCCCUGCAAAAUGUAGCAUUAAUAAUAAAUUGGCUUUCAUCCGUCCUGAUUUGCAUAUUCUUUUUUACAGGCAAGGGACUAUUUUCUACCUGAACAUAUAGGAACAUACUGUGGAAGUUAGGUCCUGCAUGAGACUUGAUUCUACACACACACACACACACACACACACACACACACUUGCAAGACCAGUUUUGGAAUCUUGAAAAUUGGCUCUUUGACCAUCCUUCAUAAAGAGGCUGUCCUUUACUGCGCUUGCACAGUUUGUAGAUUCCAUGAAGGAACAAAUGAAAAUUGGAUCCUGCUAGCAGUCUGCUGGAAUUACUUCUAAUCUUGCAUUCAGGCAGGCUUAGCAAUGAGCAAUUUGGGUAAUGUUUGCAUUGUCUGUUUCUAUGAGCAGUGAAUUAGGAUUUUGUGUUUGGAAGGGUGUAUAUUAAAUAUUGAAUUUUUCUCCUCCCCAGGUAGACAAUUAUUAUUAUUUUUUUACAUUCUAGGCAGGCAUUAUAAUUUUGUUGAAAGGUCAGCUUUUAUGGAUGGAAAUCUGAUCCAGUGCUGGCUAGUAAAGCCUCUGUUUACAAGUUGUCAAAGUAAUUCUUUUGACUAAGUUGCCCCAUGCCAGCCCCUGAAGUUGUGUGGUGCCCUCAUGCCUGUAGCUGGCCAGCCAGAUGUUUGCAUGGGGCACACAGGACAGGCACCGCUCUCCUCCUUAAACCCUCUACCGGUACCUUUGUUGUCACAAGGAAGAAGGAGCCGAGUGAAAGCUUCCUUUCCUUGCCCUAUCUUAAUUAACCCUUUUGCUAUUUCUCUUGGUCCCAGAAUUCUACUCUUUGCCUUGGUUGGAAAGAAGGCAUCGUCCACAACUUUCUGUUUCUUUGAUUUGCUCUGAGUGUUGCAGUUUCAACCAUGAAAGAGGAUGAAUGUUGUGGGGGUGGGGAGCAGGCUAUCAUUGAUACACUUUAGAUUUAUACACAACUAGCUGGCCCUGCACGCGUUGCUGUGCGUUAGUCUGUGAAAUGGAGGGUAAUAGCCCCCCUUCAGAUCCCCCUGAGUCUCAGAGUCCCCCUGAGUCGAGGCGAGACACUGUGGAGAGGGCAGGUUUCAUCCCUGUGUCUCCCCCCCCCCCGUUCUGACCCAUUACGUAUCCCUGCCCUCUAUUGCCCCCCCCUUACCUCCACUUGGCCUAGUCUGGAAAGCGGCCUAGUCUGUCUGAUAAUGGCCGCCUGUGUGGUUUAAGUUGCUUGGUUGAUGAUGAUGUCAUUUGGUUUGUGGGUGUGGCUUAGAUUUCUCAGGAAGGGAGGGGGUGUACUGUGGGAGGAAUUCCACUUGAGGGCGCUGUUUGACUUGGUGGAAAAGCGGGUCAAAUUCUGCCGAGGUGUGUGAUUUGAGGUUUUUCAUGUCCCCUACAACCCUCAGGGAGUGGCCUGGAUCGCUGUGUCAAAAUUUCAGGACGAUCGGUCAAGCGGUUACGGAGAACAUAGCGGCCGUCAGUUUCAAGAUUUUUACAUUUAUAUAUAUAUAGAUUCAUGGAAUUUGGCUUUCUAUAAUUGUUUGUUUCAUUUGCACAGAGCAUGCACAUCCCGCCUAGAGUAUUCUGAGAAACCAAUUUCCUCCUGUGCUUUGCAUCAGAUUUCUGUGUUGCACUGUAAUGCAGAUCUAACUAUUCUGAAAUGUAAGCUUUGUGCUGGAUGACUUAGCAUGCUGGGCCUGGCUCAUCUGUCCUGGGCCUCAAAACUGCCACCUGCCGGUGCAAUCCAUUGCUGCCGCCACCUCGAGUGACAAUCUUGUUUGUGGCACCAACAUUUCCGAAGAAGGGGACAGUCACAGGUUCAUUGCAGGAACUGGAUUGUUUAUUUUUAACACAAAAUUAUGUACUGCUUGAUUGUAAAUAAAACCUCCAAUCCAUUUACAAAAAAUGACACAAAGAUUGAAAUUGUAAAUAAAAGCCUUUAUUUUUUUUUAAAAAAGCAGAUAUAUUUUAAAAAAUCAACAGUUAAGCUAAAACAGUUUUUAAAACAAUUCUAAUCCUACAUCUCUGGAUAGAUUUGCCUAAACCAAAAUGUUUAGGCAGGCCCCACAAAUAACCCAGAGAUGCAUUUUAAAUAAAAAGGACACAAUCUACUCAUGUAAAAACACGCUGAUUCUCGGACCGUCCAUGGCCCACGGGCCUUAGGUUGCCUACCCCUGCUUUAGCAUAACCCAAGUGCGUCUGUGUUUCUCUCAAAAUCUGGAGGACGUGCAAGGCUUGAUUUUGCUCUGAAACAUUCUCCCCGUGUCCCUUUCUCUCCCUGUGCUCUUGCUGGCUUUCGUCCUCAUUUCAUCUAACCCAGUACUGGCCUGGAAUGUUAAUGCAUUUGCAGCCAGAGAUGAUUUAUCAGUUCCCAGAGCUCUGGGCUAGGACAACAGGAAGAAAAUAUUGUCUCAAUGAGCUUGCUUGGCACUGUUCAAAUACACGAGUCCGGAAAGACUUUCCAGUGCUUUGGCCUCCACCAGUUUUGCAUUGUGCCUGGUUGAAAGGGAGCUUUCUCAAGAGGGUGUUUGUCUCUAGAUUCAGCACUAACCUGCCAUCAUUUUUUUAAAUGCAAGAGGUAAAUGGCAGGCUCUGUUCCCAGACCCAGAAGCCCUCAUCUCAGCUGCACUUGGUGACCCCUCCAACUCAACACAAGCACCUGCUAUGCUGCUGGUUUUGUGCUGAAAGAGUUCCUGGAAACAAACCCUGGUAUUUCAUAUUGCCCAUGUGUUCAGGAAGGGCAAUAAAACCGAAGCAUUUGUUUUUAUGUCGUGCUACUUAAUGAUGAUUAAUCCCUCCUCCCCCUCCAGCUUUGCUCAAUUUGGAAUGGGGUUAGGUAAAAGGAUUUUUGGAAGAAAAACAAAAACAUCCCUAGCAAUAAAACGGUUCAUUCUUUAUUUCUGAGCCUAUUUCAAAGUGUUGUAUCCAACUAAGUUCUGCUUAGAAUGGACCCGUUGAAAUAAAUGAAUCUAAGUUAGUCACUUAGCAACUUCAACGUUCUUAUCAAAAUGGUGGCAGACAGGGAAGCUAUGCAGCUGGGCCUUUGUUAGGCCCUCAGCCUUUUUGCACCAGCAUCCUGGGCUCAAGGAUCCAUAAGAAAUGUGGCUCCUGCGUGGAGAUUUCCGUCAUGGAUUCUUGUGCCCAGAUGCUGCAGCAGUAGUGCCGAGAGCCUAACUGAACGGCUCUCUCUGUCCUUGGAAGGGAGGGGGAAGUUGCCACAGCAGUGGAGAGAAUUAGAUGGCAGCAACCAAGCCUGGAAUGAACUGUGUUUGGACUCAGUAUGUAACAAUUCAGGGAGGCAAAACCAGCAGCUUUACUCUGGGUCACCCCCCCCCCCAAAGCUCAACAACAAUGGGUAGAUCACUGCCAGUUUUUUUAAAUAGUGGGAGUACAUCGCAGUCUCUUGGAAGCUGGACGUGCCUGUUGUAUAUGAAUCUCGCCCAGGAGCGGUAUGAGGAGCAGACUGUGAUGUUGGCUUCACUCAGUGCUAUUUCGCUGGUGAAACUGCCGGCACUCCUGAGUCCCUCUGCUAGCGGUGUCCACUGGGGGGGAGGCAAGAGUUCCUGCCCGAUCCCCAGUUGAGCGGUGCAAACAAGCUGCAUUAUCCCAGACCGUGAGCACCUGGGUGAAACCGUGUGCAGAGGCCAAUGGAUCUUGUUUUUCUAACAUCACGGUAUAUCAUGUUUGGCUGGCGAUACACUGUGAUGUCGAAAAGCUGAUAUCGACCAGCCCUACUCAGCACAAUUGCUAGUGCUGCUUAUAAAUUUCAAUCUGAACUGAUUCAGAUUGGAACUGUUGCAAGACAAAAUAGGUUCAUCUUAAAUUGCAGUGGAACUGAGCUAUUUCAAAGUUCUCUGGCUUGAUCUAGCAUUUCAUUUCUCACAUAGAGCCUGGCUUCUCUGCCUCCCCCCCCCCAUGUGUGUUCAAUGAGAUUGCUUAAGAAAUUUCACUGAAAAAAACCAAACACCCAGUGAUACUUGAGCUGAAUUUUCAUUGUAAUGAUUUAGUCCAUAAAGCUAUUUCAGCCCCAUAGAAAUGAGAGCACCUUAACCUGUCUUAUCCUCUAUGAAACAGUUCUUGUAGCUGGGCAGUUUACAGCUUUGCGUUUGACAUUAUUGCCUUUCCUGUCCUCUUGAGGAUUAUGUUUCUGCCUCUCAUUUAUUAAAUGCCUUACAUGUUGUAGGAAUGAGCAUUCUCCUCCUCUAGGGAGAGGGAUUUAGCUGCCUCUUUUAUUGGGGUCCCCAGGAGGUAAAGUGCAUGGUAAUAACCAUCAGUGGGAGGUGAUAGCAGGAAGACUCAUGUUAGCUUAAGGGAAAGAAAGAACCACAUGGGUGGCACUCAAAUGAUGCUGUCUGUCUGUCUUUGAUCAUUUGACUCAGUGCUGCUUUCGCUUCAUCCCCUUGCUAUCUUUCCCCAGGUAAGGACCAUUUCCUGCUUUCCCUCCUGCUUUUUUAUUUUGGAAGUUUGAUCAAUGGGGUGCAGGCAAGGAAUCUGCUCAAAAGCCACUGAAAUUUUACAGGCUGGUUUUAUUAUUGUUCUAGAUUAAGGUAGGUAGCCUUGUUGGUCUGAUACAGUCGAAAUAUAUAUAAAAAUUGUCCAGUAGCACCUUAGAGACCAACAAAGUUUGUUCUUGGUAUAAUAAGCUUUAGUGUGAAUGCACACUUCUGUACAUGAAAGCUUACACCAAGAACAAACUUAGUUGGUCUCUAAGGUGCUACUGGACAAUUCUUUUAUUUUUUAUUAUUGUUAUUUUGAAAGCAGAAUAGCAUUACAGUGGUAUCUCGGUUUAAAAACAGCCCUGUUUACGAACGCUUCGGUUUAUGAACUCCGCAAAACCAGAAGUACUGUAGUUUCCCGGUUUGCGAACUUUACCUCGGUCUAAGAACGGAAUCCGAAUGGUGCACCGGCGGCAGGAGGCCUCAUUAGGGAAAGCGCGCCUCGGUUUAAGAACGGCUUCGGUUUAAGAACGGACUUCAGGAAUGGAUUACGUUCGUAAACCGAGGUACCACUGUACCCAGUUUAGUAGGUUGUUUAACUUGCCUUCAUUGCUUACUACUUCACAUUCAAAGAAGGAAUCAAGAGAAUUUGUGACUGGUGAAUCAUGUAAGCCCCAGAGCACGGCAGUCUAGGACUGGAUGCUGAGCUUUCCACAGUCUAGAAAAGUUGCUAAAGUAUGGAGAUUACAGAGUAAAAUUAGGGAGACCUGAAUUUGGGUCUCACCAGCAAUUAUUCUUGUGUGUCAGGUUCUCUCUCCUUCAUACUGGAAGGUGAAGGCAUGCCAAUUUUUCUGUUGUGGUAUCAGCAUACUGUUUUGCUUGCUCAUCCCAGUUCUUCCCAACAGACUGGCACGGGUAUAAAAACUCUUACCAUGAUGUUUCAACGUUAGUAAUGGUACUUAAGCAGUUAUCAGGGGGACGGGAAGAAGAGAGAAUCCAGCACAGGGCUGCCAUUUUUAGUUGAGUGUAGCAUUUGGGCUCAUCCCCAUCCUAUGGCUUUGGCCACAUCUCUCUCUCUCAGCCUUUGUUUCCUAUAUGCAAAAUGGGCUCUUGCAAAGGCAAAGGCAAUAAAGUCUGUAAAACACCUUGUGAACGAUAAAUACUACACAAAUAAUAUGAACAGUAGGUGUAGGCACUUAAAGCACAAUGAUUUCUAAACAAUUUCUAUUAGGAACAAAGCCCAGUGGCUUUGUUUUGCUUUCUCAACACUGUAAAUCCAUUCCGCCAAGUGUCUCAGACUAAAAUCUGAAAGCGUAAACAUGAAGUAGGAACAAACUGCUUUCCCAUUAAUCUUCAAACUUUGGUUAGCAUGACAACAGGUCACAACUCUUCUAUUGCCAUGACAAUUUGCUGUGAGAUUGUUGAAAUGUCAAGCCAUCAAGUUAUUUUUAGUUUAUUUGCUCUUCUCAUGGAGACCAACUUCGACUGAAGUUAUGAAACAACUUCAUUUUAAGCACUGUGAAAGAUACGGUAUUGGCAGCAAAAAAUCUCCCAUGUCAUUGGUGUUCCUCUCUUUCAAGUGAUGGGCAGUACUUUAGAGCUCAUUUUCUCAAUUAUUGGUAAUGUAAUGGCUUUGGUCCCUGGCCUGAAUGGUGAGAGAAGAUUCUGUAGUGUUAAAUGUGUGGUUUGUACCUAAGAGAAAGGGAGAUGAGUCAAAAGCAGGAACCUUUAGGAAGAGGCGGCUCUGAAAUACUUUCUGUGGCAUUCUAUGCUUUCAUUUACUUUCCCCCCAUUUAUGCGUGCACAUUUUGCAGACACAUACACUUUGCAUAUGCCUUUUGUGUGCUGCUGUUAUGGUGGGGACCAAUGCAUCAAAAAGUGGGUACAGAUUUAAAAGAAUUAAGUUAUAUAUACUGUAGAUAAGUAGAUGCACUCACUCCACUUUGAAAUAUCUUUGGUUAGAAAGCUGAUUCGAAAAUGCGCUAAAAGUUGUUAUUUGUUCAAAAUAAAAUACAACGGGCCCCCACAGUCUGAUUGGUGGCAAGCAUUAUGAUAAUGUUGUCUACUUUCAUCCAGUUUUGCAAAAGCUUCCCUAAAUGCUCACAUUUCAGAUAUCACUUUCUAUAUCAGUGUCUUCAAGUGAAAGCAUUUGUUCAGCUUCACAUGCAAAUGUUUAGCAUUUUUUAGAAGAAAAGUCUUUGUCCAUGGAGUUUUCUUGGCAGGGAUACUGCAGUGGCUUGCCAGUUCCUUCUCCAGGUGGAUCACAUUUAGUCAAAACUCUCCACUAUGACCUGUCCAUCUUGGGUGGCCCUGCAUGGCAUAGCUCAUAGCUUCUCUGAGUUAUUCAAGCCCCUUCGCCACAACAAGGCAUUGAUCCAUGAAGGGGAUCAAUGGUCCAUGGGGUCACGAAGAGUCGGACACGACUAAACGACUAAACAACAACAACAACAACAGAAAAAGUGGGACCUGAAACAAAUUGUCUCUGUGUGGGGUGCUCCUGUUCAAAAUGACAGACAGCCCUCACUUUGUACCAUUCAUUCAAUUUCACCUCCAGUUUUCUCUCUGCUCCCCAUCAAGCCCAAUCAGCAUUCCAUGCUCCGUGAGCAUGUUCAGUUUUCAUUGACCUGUUUCCCCUCUCUCCCUGGUGGUUCUUAAGAGUUUUUUGUGCUUCUGUAAACCUUAGAAUUCCUCCAAGCUUGCUGAUACAUCCUGCCCGUGUGUGUGUGUGGGGGGGGGGGUUCAUUUUGGCUACAUCAGUUUUCACCCUCUGGUACUGUCAGAUCAAAGACACAGAAAAAUCCUGCUCCAAUGCAAAGGGAAAGUACUGCACCUGCAAGAUACAAACGACACAUUGCCGCAUGUAUUCUGUCGCUCUCCAGUAACCAGUGAAAAUAAAAUGGGAUGUUUUACAGACAUCUGAGACACUCAAGGGGAUAAUUCCGUCCGGCAUUUAAUUGAGGAAUUUCAUGCCGCUACAAUGGAAUUUAAUUUAGAUUUACAGCCUUGUUAAACGCGCAGCCUUUCUGUUGCUGAUUUUAUAGUGCCUUGUCAAAAAGGGUCUGUUCCAUGACCAAGUGGGAUUCCUGUUGGUUACUGUAUAAAUGCAGUAGCCGUAAAACCAGGGCUGCAUUUAACCACUAAGGUUAGCUCUCUCUCAUCCCACUUUGUAACCUGCCUGCCACCCUUGGAUGGGGCCUUUUCCAUUGGCAUGGAUUGCAGUGGCUGCCAGCUCUCAGUCUUGCUCACCAUGUUUCCUUAUGAUGAUGAACAUGUGUGCAGUGCAUGUAUGCAAGGGAAGCAUAAAGAAGUGGAGUAGCCAAGCCAGAGGUAUUGGUGGUGGCUAAGAGUGUAGGAGAAUUGCGUCCUGCUAUAAGCCCCUUGGGCCAAACUGAUGUUCAGUGCACCUUUGCAUUUAACACCCUGUUGUGUUAAGAUACAAAUUAUAAUUAUCGUUACUACUGCAUGUGUGCUGGGGAAAUUUAGCUCCAUCCCCCAAGCAGUUUUUUUGCAUUUUUUAAAGUCCACAUCGAAUGGAUAUACAGUACGUACACAUUUAACAUCAUAUCUAGUUUGGACUCAAGUGUGAUUUUCAAUGGGUGCAAAUUCCUUUUUGUUACUUAGAAUCAUAGAAUCAUAGAGUUGGAAGAGACCACAAGGGCCAUCCAGUCCAACCCCCUGCCAAGCAGGAAACACCAUGAAAGCAUUCUUGACAUAUGCCUGUCAAGCCUCUGCUUAAAGACCUCCAAAGAAGGAGACUCCACCACACUCCUUGGUAGCAAAUUCCACUGCCGAACAGCUCUUACUGUCAGGAAGUUCUUCCUAAUGUUUAGGUGGAAUUUUUUUCUUGUAGUUUGAAUCCAUUGCUCCGUGUCCGCUUCUCUGGAGCAGCAGAAAACAACCUUUCUCCCUCCUCUAUAUGACAUCCUUUUAUAUAUUUGAACAUGGCUAUCAUAUCACCCCUUAACCUUCUCUUCUCCAGGCUAAACAUACCCAGCUCCCUAAGCCGUUCCUCAUAAGGCAUCGUUUCCAGGCCUUUGACCAUUUUGGCUGUCCUCCUCUGGACACGUUCUAGCUUGUCAGUAUCCUUCUUGAACUGUGGUGCCCAGAACUGGACACAGUACUCCAGGUGAGGUCUGACCAGAGCAGAAUACAGUGGUACUAUUACUUCCCUUGAAAUUGCAAUAGAAGUAACAAGUGUCUUUGUACUUAAACUUGCCUAUCUGUUCUAUUUCCUUCAUUCACCAAACAGGGAGUUGACUUUUCUGGAGCCCCCCACCCCAGAACAGUUUAAAUUUGACAAUGAAAACUUACUUCAAAGAACAGCUUCUGUUUCACAAGAUUAUUGUCUGGAUGGGAUUCAGAAAGAAGUGGCAUUUGCUGAUCUCUGCGCCUUUUUAUUGUAGCCAAAAAGCAGCACUUGGCUCACACUGCCAGAGCAUCUCUUGCCAGCAGAGCCAGCCAGACCUCUUAAUCUAUGCAGGAGCCCUUGGGGAAGGUAAAAAUGUUAUUUACCCCAGGGAAGUAGCAUGCAGUCUUAAAGGUGGAUUGCCAGGACUCCUGGGUUUAAUGCUGUAAAAUGCACUCCUUAUCUGGAUAUUGAAACCUGAAUGGCUGCAUGAUAAUUUGUGGUUCAGGCCCCUUUUGUCCCUUCAGUGGUUGCACAACUGAUUUAUCAGUGACUUUCCCCAUCCCUCUGAAUAAUCAACCUGUAAAAUGAAAGUACGGCUGCUUGAAGAUGCUCGGGUCUUCUACGAAACACCAUAUUGUUAUUAUUUCCAAGCUUGUGUACUGUUAUUAAGCAAUUCCUGAGCACUAUCUUAAAAAGUAUACAUUUACUGACCUCUAGCGACAACCUGCAUCUCAUGGAAAGACAUUUUGGGAUGAAGGAUGUGUGGAAGUGGAGGGGAACCCAGUCUGAGACCCUUGUAACUGGAAAUAAUUGAUCUUGUCUGUCAAGCCACACUUCUGAUCUUGUAGUAGUUCAUUGUUCGUGUUUGCUUAUAUGCAGCAUAACAAAUAAAGCGUUAUAAAAGACAACAAAUUCUGAACAGCCUCAUAAGAAAAUAUCUGUAUAAUUGCUUCAGUUAAAAAAGAAAGUGAGAAAGUAGCAGUUAAAUCCCUGGCUCAUAGGAGAGGAGGCAGUCUGAUCUGUGAGGUGUUUGUGUUGCAUUGCAUGCUCUGGUUAUCUCCCGCUUGGACUACUGCAAUACGCUCUCCGUGGGGCUACCUUUGAAGGUGACCCGGAAACUACAACUAAUCCAGAAUCUGGCAGCUAGACUGGUGACUGGGAGCAGCCGCCGAGACCAUAUCAUACCAGUCCUGAAAGACCUACAUUGGCUCCCAGUACAUUUCCAAGCACAAUUCAAAGUGUUGGUGCUGACCUUUAAAGCCCUAAACCAGGGCUUUCAAGGACCGGGUGCGCAGCCUGGGAGUCAUUUUGGACUCAUAGCUGUCCAUGGAGGUGCAGGACAGUUCUGUGUCCAGGGCAGCUGUCUACCAGCUCCAUCUGGUACACAGGCUGAGACCCUCCCUGCGAGAAGCCAAGUUACAGGGAACCAAGCAGAAGGCCUUCUCGGUGGUGGAUCCCGGCCUCCUCCCAUCAGAUGUCAAGGAAAUAAACAACUAUCUGACGUUUAGAAGACAUCUGAAGGCAGCCCUGUUUAGGGAAGUUUUUAAUGACUGAUAUUUUAAUGUAUUUUUAAUCUUUUGUUGGAAGCCGCCCAGAGUGGCUGGGGAAACCCUGCCAGAUGGGCGGAGUAUAAAUAAAUAAUUGGAGCUGAGGCUCCAAUACUUUGGCCACCUCAUGAGAAGAGAAGACUCCCUGGAAAAGACCCUGAUGUUGGGAAAAAUGGAGGGCACAAGGAGAAGGGGACGACAGAGGAUGAGAUGGUUGGGCAGCGUUCUCGAAGCUACGAACAUGAGUUUGACCAAACUGUGGGAGGCAGUGGAAGACAGGAGAACCUGGCGUGCUUUGGUCCAUGGGGUCACGAAGAGUCGGACAUGACUAAACAACAACAACAAAUUAUUAUUAUUAUUAAUAGAAUAAUGCCAGCCUCUAUGCUUCAUUCCUUGUAGGGAGCUGUGGCUACUUGGAUGGUGAGAGAUAUGGGCGGCUGCUGGAGAAUUAUCAGGAGUAGACUGGCAUGCCAAUACAGCCCCCCCCCUCCACUCUUCCAAAUUAACUGUUAAAUAAAGCUUGUUCAUUCCAAGAGCUAUUUUUGUAACAUCAGUCUCUUCAAAUGAACACUCAGUUAAUUAAUAUUGAAGUGCAUUCAAAAAACCGGGGGGGGGGGGACUGUUUAGGUAAAUGGGUGUUUUGGUCAGUUGCAUGCUUGAUAUCUCUGCAAAAUACACAGGCAUCUGCAGAUCUGGCUAGCAAUUUAAUACUGCUUUUUCUUUUUCUAAAAAAACAUUCCUUCCUUGCUACUGAAAUUUCAAGACGAGCUUCUUGCAGCUGUAAACAUUUCCAUGUGACAGCUGGUUAGAGCUGAGAUAUUUCUCCUGUAGGCCAGUGUGCACAUCUGUGCUGGCAAAUGACAUUAGCUGACCCCCCCUGGUGUUAGUUAGCAUGGUGUGUAGCUUCAGCUGUGCAGCAUUCACACUAUAACGCUGCAAGGAUUCUGGAAAGCCCUGUGACUUGACAUCCUCAUCACCUUCUUUGCCAUGCUUUUUGUGGGAUCUCCUCCUCAACACUGUCCGGGUAUGUGACACUGACAUGCCAGUUUUAAAAUCAUUAUCCUGAUUUUAGUUUGCUAGGCAUCAGGGUGGAUUUGAUUUAAAUCACAAUUUAAACCACUAGUCAGUAAGACUGGAUUUAAAUCAUAUUUUUUUACAGACUCUUUCUUGCUGGUAUAAUCUUAAUAUUUACAACUGGGAAGAAGAGCCCGGAACCAUUGAACUCUUAUUAGUUGACUGGCAAGCACUUCAAGGUCUCGCCAGGGACUUACGGAUCCCACUUACUAUUUCUACCCACCCCCCCUUUGGAUUUGCGUCUACAUUCAGGUUCCUAUUCUGAACAGUUAAGUGUUAGUGUAGUUGUUGGAACCCAGUGGGAUUGGGAAGAGGUUGCCUUCAGCACUUGCCUCAAGUCUGAGUUGCACAAUUAUUCCACAAAGAUCCCAAGACUUGUGGAGGAUUCUGCUCACAAGGUUGCACUUUCAUUUUUACUGCUUCACACUUGGCUACUUGUGCAGAUCUGUUCCACUCUAAACAAUCUAUUCAUGGAACCUCUUGAAUCUUAACAUUUAAGAGGUUAGGGGUGGAUUCUGUGUACAUAGAUUUGCAGAGGAACAAUGGGAUUAAGGUUUUUUCCUCAACUCUGUAUGUUCAUUUUAUAACAUUUUUCCUGUGAAGAAAAGGCAUGUUAUCUCUGCAGACACAAAUUCACACUUUCGAGAACUGCAAAAACAAGCAUCUGUGAUAAUAUCUUCUCGUUAGAAAAAACUGCCCCAAAUAAUCUUACAGAAACCUCUGGAAGAGCAUGACAUUGUGAAUGGAUUAAUGGAAUUCAUUUACCAAAAAAUUUAAACAUUGCAUAUAAAGCCUCAUGCUACAUAAUUAAAAACAAAUCCUUAUUUCCCAAGGAAUAGCUUUUGGACUAUAACGUAACUUAAAUAGAAAACUAUCUUUAUAAUAAUAAUAAUAAUAAUUUAUUAUUUAUACCCCGCCCAUCUGGCCGGGUUCCCCCAGCCACUCUGGGCGGCUUCCAACAAAACAGAAAUUCUAAAAUACAGAAAUCCAUCAAACAUUAAAAUACAGAAAUCCAUCAAACAUUAAAAGCUUCCCUAAACAGGGCUGCCUUGAGAUGCCUUCUAAAGGUCUGGUAAUUGUUGUUCUCUUUGACCUCUAGUGGGAGGGCAUUCCACAGGGUGGGUGCCACUACCGAGAAGGCCCUCUGCCUGGUUCCCUGUAACUUGGCUUCUCGUAGUGAGGGAACCGCCAGAAGGCCCUCGGCGCUGGACCUCAGUGUCCGGGCAGAACGAUGGGGGUGGAGACGCUCCUUCAGGUAUACCGGACCAAGGCCGUUUAGGGCUUUAAAGGUCAACACCAACACUUUGAAUUGUGCUCGGAAACAUACUGGGAGCCAAUGUAGGUCUUUCAGGACCGGUGUUAUGUGGUCUCGGCGGCUGCUCCCAGUCACCAGUCUAGCGGCCGCAUUCUGGAUUAGUUGUAGUUUCCGGGUCACCUUCAAAGGUAGCCCCACGUAGAGCGCAUUGCAGUAGUCCAAGCGAGAGAUAACUAGAGCAUGCACCACUCUGGAGAGACAGUCAGUGGGCAGGUAGGGACUCAGCCUGCGUACCAGAUGGAGCUGAUAAACAGCUGUCUUGGACACAUAGUUGACCUGUGCCUCCAUGGACAGCUGUGAGUCUAAGAUGACUCCCAGGCUGCGCACCUGGUCUUUCAGGGGCACAGUUACCCCAUUCAGGACCAGGGAGUCCUCCACACCCGCCCGCCUCCUGUCCCCCACAAACAGUACUUCUGUCUUGUCAGGAUUCAAUCUCAAUCUGUUAGCCGCCAUCCAUCCUCCAACCGCCUCCAAGCACUCACACAGGACCUUCACCGCCUUCACUGGUUCUGAUUUAAAAGAGAGGUAGAGCUGGGUAUCAUCAGCAUACUGAUGGACACCCAGCCCAAACCCCCUGAUGAUCUCUCCCAGCGGCUGCAUAUAGAUGUUAAAAAGCAUGGGGGAGAGGACAGAACCCUGAGGCACCCCACAAGUGAGAGCCCAGGGGUCUGAACACUCAUCCCCCACCACCACUUUCUGAACACGGCCCAGGAGGAAGGAGCGGAACCACUGCAUGACAGUGCCCCCAGCUCCCAAACCCUCUAGACGAUCCAGAAGGAUGUUAUGGUCGAUGGUGUCAAAAGUCGCUGAGAGAUCCAGCAGAACAAGGAAACAGCUCUUACCUUUGUCCCUAGCCCGCCGGAGAUCAUCGACCAGUGCGACCAAGGCAGUUUCAGUCCCAUGAUGAGGCCUGAAUCCUGACUGGAAGGGAUCCAGGAAAGAUUUUUCCUCCAAAAGCAUUUUAUUUUUAAAAAAAUCCAAUUUAAAUAAAAAAAUCUGAUUUUUUUUAAAAAUUAAAAAAAAAACACCAUUGAUUUUUAUCCACCCUGCUAGUCAUGGAGCAGUAUGAUCUUGGAUAAAAGGGGGGGGGGACGGACACAUUUUUUCACUGUCCAAUUGAUCUUGUGGUGGUGGAGCUGUUCUCUGAUAGGCAUCUCUUUGUCUCUUCAGCUUAUUUUGUUUGGUGCCUUUCACCAGCUUCUUCCGAUGACUCCUUGGUCUCUGCAUCUGGAAAGUCAUCCUGUCAGAUUGAGAGGGGAUGGGGCAGCCCCUUACAAAAUUGCCCGUGGUUUCUUCUCUCGCACAAAGCUGGAAUGUGUGCAGAGGAGGGCAACCAAGAUUCUAAAGGGCCUGGAAACUAAGCCUUAUGAGGUAGUUGGAUGCAUUUAACAUGGAGAAGAGAAGACUAAGAGGUGAUAUGAUAAAGGUAAAGGUAAAGGGACCCCUGACUGUUAGGUCCAGACACGAAUGACUCUGGGGUAGCGACGCUCAUCUCGCUCUAUAGGCCGAGGGAGCCGGCAUACAGCUUCCGGAUCAAGUGGCCAGCAUGACUAAGCCGCUUCUGGCGAACCAGAGCAGCACACGGAAACGCUGUUUACCUUCCCGCCGGAGCGGUACCUAUUUAUCUACUUCCCCUUUGACGUGCUUUCGAACUGCUAGGUUGGCAGGAGCAAGGACCGAGCAAUGGGAGCUUACUCCGUCGCGGGAAUUCGAACCACUGACCUUCUGAUCAGCAAGCCCAAGGCUCAGUGGUUUAGACCACAGUGCCACCCGCGUCCCAGAUGAUAUGAUAUGACAUGUUAGUCAUCUUCAAAUAUCUGAAGGGCUGUCGCAUGUAAGAUGGGACUACCUUUGAAGCUAGAGGACGCUCUUUCAUUGGAGGUAUUUAAACAGAGGUUGGAUGGCCAGCUGUUAGGGAUUCUUUGGUUGUGAUUCCAAUUUGGACUAGAUGGCCUUUCCAACUCUACAGAAGGUUGGGGAAGGCUGCGUGAGUAGCUCCUGUAAUGCUGAAGAAUGAGGCUUUCACUGAUGGAGCCAGGGUUUUUAAGGAAGCGGGUCUGCUCUUUCCUUGCCACUGCUCACCACACCAAGUUUACUGGGCCUCAAAGAUAACAGAUUAUCCAGUGUCACCUGAACUGGGAUUCAAACACAGACCCACUCAAAUCACAAUCCAGAAAAUUAAAUUAGGCUGCAUUUAAAGCACAUUUGAAGCAGAUUUCCCCCCUCCCAGUAGUCUGGGAACUGUAGUUUACUCGCAGAGCUACAAUUCCCAGCACCCUUAAUAAAUUACAGUUUCCAUAAUUCUUUGGGGAUGGGUGGGGAAUGUGCUUUGAAUGUAUGGUGUGAGCACAGCUUUAGGUGUGUGAAUUCCUUUGGUUUCCUUUUUACAACCUGCGUGUUGAGAAAGGGUUUGCCAUGGUAACAGUCAGGAUUGGGGCGAUCAAAAGGAUUCCUUCAGGUGAACUGGUGCCGGGGGUGUGAAAUCGUGUCCUCUUGACGAUGCAACCAGAUAUUUUAAUGAAAAGGGGACAUGGAUGCAGAGAUCAGUGGCUUGAGGUCCUCUUAGAUAAUAAGACAGGCUGAAUUAAUGGUGGCAGGAGGGCUGACUUACACUUGGCUCUUUCUCUAAAGAUGAGGUGCCUUCCUUUUGCUUUCAAAGAUUGUGCUUUAUCUCUCUACAACAGUCAAGAGCAGAUUGCAUGAGGGUUUUUUUUUAAUGUCUUGCUUAUAAUCUCUCAACGUACAUCAAAAUGGCUUUUCGCCCUCCUGAGUGUUGAGCUUUUGCAUUCAUAUAUUAAAGGCUAGAAACGCAAUAUGCUUUCUCCCUCUGCCUCCCCAGCCCGGCUUUGAUCUAUAACCUUGAAAAUGUAGAUUGCUUCCAUUGAUUUUUCUUUGUUUUGUUUUGUAUUUUCUUGUGUGUUAUCUGUCGGUGGAGUAAAGUGGCUACAAUCUAAAAUUUGCUUUUGAAGCUUUAACAGCGUUGUGUGAACAUACAGUGUUUUGAGCAGCGAGCAGUGGAGUCAGAAUGAAUUAAGGUAAUUUUGUGCCAAGGCUGUGUUCUCCGCUAUGGAAGAAGCAAUACAAUCUCUGCCUGAAGGAGAGUUAAUAUUUUCUACAUUCCGGCAGAGUGAUGCAAUAAUGAGCCGGUGAAUGAGCAGAGUGAAAGUCAUGGAGUCAAAAGAAGACAGUUACAGGCGCACGCUUCCAAUGGCUGGUGUAGAAAGGAUAUAGGAGAUAACCAACACCACUCUUCUGUACGUGUAUAUUGCGUAUAAGAUGUGAUAUCUGACCCCAAAAUCACAUCUUUGUCUGGCCUGUUGAUUAAACUAUUUGGCAUAAUAUUUUAGCUUCUUGUGAAAAUCUAGCUGAUCGUGUUAUGGCAGAAUGGAUAAUGGCUGCAUAAUCUCUUCUGUGUAUAUAAUUCUCUCUUUCCUUCUUCCUCAUUAGCGUGUGUGUGUGUGUGUGUGUGUGUGUGCGCGCGCACACACACACACACACACACAGACAGAGAGAAGCAUAUAUUACAUGAAGAAGAGGUUCCUGGAAAUGAAGCGAAUCCAUUACCUCUCCACCAUUUGAAGAGGGGGAUUUCCAUGCCUUGCAGCAUGUGACCUGCAAACAGGCGGCCUAACAGCAACUCCAAUUAGCAGGCUCGUGUGGCUAACUUGCCAUUUGUUGAGUUACUUCAUUUAACAGUAUUCAUAUGCCACUUGAUUGUAAUUAAACCUCAAAGUUGUUUACAGAAAAUAAGGCAUUACAGGCUGGAUUCAGCUAUAUAGUUGCACUAGUGGGAGCCUUCGAAGUGAGUCCUGCUACUGCACGCAGUAGGUCUUUCCUUGCUCUCCCCCGCCAAGUGGCUGUGGAAGGGUCAAGAGAACUCAGAGGAGGAGAACAUUCCAAGAAGUGUGACAUUGAAUUCUGUUAGCAUAAAUCCUAUACAUGGUACAGAUGCGGCAUGUGGCUGAAUUGUUUACUUUAUAUGAUUGCUGUAACUUUCCCACACACAGGAGACUGUGUAACUUGAUCUCCUGUCAUGUGAUGUUCUUUGUUCUCUUUCUACUUUCAUUUUCUUCUGAACUGGAGAGUGAUGGCUGAACACACACUCUCUGAAUAAACGUAGAUUAGCACCUACGAUUGUUUGCUGUCUUCUUUACCGAAGCCAGUGGCAAUAGUAAGAAUAUUGGUGAGUAACACCCCAAUAUUCCAACAGUGGUAGCAGAGGAUGGUUGAGCUCUGGUUUCGAUCCACGGACCUCUGAAAAGCGUGAAAACAGGCACGUAAUCAGGCCUCAAUCUGCAGCAGCUGAUCCUGAGGAAUUUCGCCUGCUUGGGAGUCACCGGUUCCUGCGUUCCAGGGGAGGAAGUGCACGGAAAGUCUGCGUUCCUUAUCACCGGAGCAGUGAGUAACCGGGACUGAUUUAUAGCGGCAAUAAAACCUCUAAAGCAGCAGCUUAAUUGCAGAUGCCUGCCGAAAGCCUAAUUUGCAGCUUCUUUGUACUUUGAAGUCAGAAGCUAGCAGCACGCUUACAGAAGCAAGAUGGCUAAAGCCGGGGAUUCAGAUCAAACACCCAAGAGUUUGUGUCCUUUGUUAAAUGACUCAAAUUAUGCAACGUGGAGUGUUAAAAUGGAAUGUGUUCUUAUCCGGCAAGGACUUAUUGAGUUGAUUCAGAACGCACCGCCCGUUUUGCCAGGCCAAAGGUGGUUGAAUCGCAACGCACAGGCAAGGGCAACAAUAGUUCUGCAUUUGGACCCAUCACAGCUGGUUCAUAUUCGGAACUUAGAUAAUGCUUAUGAUGUUUGGACUCAUCUUCGGGACGAGCACCUGAGGUUGCGCGCCGGAUCAACAACAUUAUUCUUUCAGAGAUUAAUUAAUUUGCGUCUGAAGGAGGGAGGAGACUUGAGAGCCCAUUUGCAUCAGAUGCGUCAACUACGCCAGGAGCUAGCUGACAGAAACGUCAAUUUGGAUGACGACAUUUAUUGCUUUACAGUGCUAAAUAGCCUUCCCAAGUCCUAUAAUGCUAUUGCAGCCCAGCUGGGGGCUCAAGACCCUCAGCAAAUGACUGCAGCAGGAAUUUAUGCUUCAUUGCUUAAUGAGGAGGACAGGACCCGCGCACAGGCGGAGGCCAACGGGGAGCGCUACUCACCCUCACCUGGUGCAUCUGCAGAGACUGCACAAGCCCUUAAAACUGUGGUCAGAUGCCAGUUAUGCAAUAUUCCUGGGCACACAGCCAAGACAUGCAGACGACCCCAGAAGGACUCAGGAAGUCAACAACAGGCUUCUGGGCCUAAGGGGCGAGGCAGCGGCGGUAGCAGCAGCGGCGGCGGCAGCAGCAAGGGCCCUACAGCACGCAAAAUGCUUGUAAUGCUCACUCAGCUUGAUGACCAAGACGACGACGGGUCUUAUCUGAUCAUAGAUUCGGGAUCUUCGCACCAUCUGGUGAACGACAAGAGACUGUUCCAGACUUUCGAGAAGCUGGACUCCAUCGUGUCACAGGCAGAUGGCAAUUCCUUGAAAUCCAUUGGAAAGGGAACUAUUUUUCUGAAAUCUCUAAAUUUGAGUAUCAGUAAUGUGUAUCUUGUUCCAGAGUUGAAGCAAAACCUUUUCAGUGUUUCUCAAAUUGAUGAAAAGGGGUUUGAGCUGUGUUUUCACAGGGGCACCUGUGUGAUUUCUAAAGAUGGAGAAGUUCUUUUGACGGGACACAGAGACAAAGAUAACCUUUUCAGAUUAUCUUAUGAUAAAAGUGAUGCAUGCUUUAAUGUUGUUGAUGAUUGUUUGACAGGUCCAGAGGAGCCUAAGGAGGCAAAGAAGCAACCAAGCAAGAAAGGUCUAACACGUUGUUUCCAGAUCGUUUCUGCUGGUGUUUUUGGUCCUAUGCCGAAGUCCCUUGGCAAGGCCAAAUAUUAUCUUUUGAUAACUGACCACUUCUCUAAGUAUACGUGGUUUUAUCCUCUGCAAAAGCCUCAGCAGGCUAUUGUGAAAUUCUCUGAAUUUCAUGCUAAGGUUGAACUGAAACAUGGUUGUAAAAUUGAAUGUUUGUUAACCAAUGACAUUCCUCUUUUUACUUCACAGGAGUUUCAAGCCUUUUUUGAUGACAAAGGCAUUCACCACAAGUUUGCCAAAACCCAGGCAGCUUGGGACAAAAGCUUAUGUGUUAAGGUUAACACUGAGUUAGAAGCAGGCAUGCAGGCGCAACUGCUGAGUUCAGGAUUGUCUGAACAACUGUGGGCUGAAAGCAUCUCAUUUUUCCUUUACCAGUGGCUCAGACAGGUUCCUAAAGGACAGAGGCGUUCUCCUUAUGAGAUUCUGUUCCAACAAAAGCCUGAUGUGAGCAACACUAAGGUUUUUGGAAUCAAAAUGUGGGUAGCUUCGCUUGAGGGCAAGCCAGUCCAAGGCAUUCUAUUGGGUUUUGAGGAAGGUCAAUACAGAGUUAUGUUGUCUUCUUCCAAUGAGGUGAUUCUUACUCAAGAGGUAGAACACUCUCCUACGCCACAAGAAACAUAUGUUCUUGAUGAAUUUCCCAUAGGUGCCAAUGAUUUUGAUGCUUCCUACACUGACACAAGUGGUAGUGAUAAUGAUUCCUUUGCUGAAGGCUCUACCCCGAGUAGCUCUGACACAGGGGAGACAGUCAUACACAAAGGAACUCAUGCUGUUUUUAACAGACCAUCAUCGGAUGAUGAAAAAGUGCUUGAAGCACUAGAUCCACUGUUUACCAUUGGUAUGAGUUCUCCCAAAAGUCCUGAGGGGGAGAAUCUCAGUAAACAGGAUUUGCACCUCUCACGCAGGUCUGAGAGGAUUAGAAGAGGACCCAAGAGGUAUUCUCAGGAGUUUGCCAACACAGCAAUUGCAAAUUUAGCUGUGCUUAGAACUCCAAAACAGGCAGCAGUCACACAGGCUAAGCCACAACAACAGGUUGUCAAACGCAACACUGUUUCUGUCAACAGAGCAACUGCUCUGGUCCCCUGGAAGCCAAAGCUGGUCAAUCCAGUCUCAGAGAGUUCCACAGCAGGAAAGUCCUACUUUGUUUAUGACAACUGUCUGUUCACUUCUCUUAAUGAUGCUCUCACAUUUGCAUCUUUUUCCAUUUCAGGAUUCAGGGGAGAUGUUAGCAUAAAUCCUAUACAUGGUACAGAUGCGGCAUGUGGCUGAAUUGUUUACUUUAUAUGAUUGCUGUAACUUUCCCACACACAGGAGACUGUGUAACUUGAUCUCCUGUCAUGUGAUGUUCUUUGUUCUCUUUCUACUUUCAUUUUCUUCUGAACUGGAGAGUGAUGGCUGAACACACACUCUCUGAAUAAACGUAGAUUAGCACCUACGAUUGUUUGCUGUCUUCUUUACCGAAGCCAGUGGCAAUAGUAAGAAUAUUGGUGAUUAACACCCCAAUAUUCCAACAGUGGUAGCAGAGUUCUGGCAGAGCUCUGGUUUCGAUCCACGGACCAAAAAAACACCAGCAGAAACGAUCUGGAAUAACUAUCAAUAAAAGACAGCUAAAAACAGGUAUUUAAAAACCAUUCCAUGCUAAUUAAAAUAAACAGUAAUCUAUAAACAGAUUAAGACGCAUGUAACUUCUGUGGAUAGCCUUGCCUAACCCAAAAUGUUUUAAGCAGGUGCUGGAAAGAGACUUCUUCUUCUUAGGCGAUCACUCAUAGCCAAGUAAGAUUGCCUUCCAUGAACACGAUCUUAACAGUGAGUCUGUAAGUGACUGUGGAGGUCAAUUCUGGAUCCACACGUCCUUCCACAGUGGAGACAUAGAUUUCUUGGACGGAGUUGAUCACUGUGAGGGUUUGCCAAGUGUGGCUUCCUCUUAGCACGUUUCUCCCUUUCGUCCUGAGUUUGAGUGUCUUCAAAGCCCAUGACACCUUUGGUAAAGGCUGUUCUCCAGUUGGAGUGCUCAGAGGCCAGUGUUUCCCAGUUGUCGGUGUUUGUACUACAUUUUUUAGAUUUGCCUUGAGAAAGUCUAUUAAUCCCUUUUGUUAACCACCAGCAUUACGCUUUCCAUUUUUAAGUUGGGAAUAGAGUAGUUGCUUUGGAAGACAAUCACCAGGCAUCCGAACAACAUGACCAGUCCAAUGAAGUUGAUGCUGAAGAAUCAUUGCUUCGACACUGGGGAUCUUUGCUUCUUCCAGUAUUAGUUUGCCUGUCUUCCCAAGUGAUGUGUAAAAAUUUUCGGACACCAUUGAUGGAAUCUUUGAAGGAGUUGGAGAUGACGUUUCUAAGUGGUCCAUGUUUCACAAGCAUACCGUAAGGUUGGUAGUACAAUAGCUUUGUUAAGCAUUUUGGUUUCCCUGUCCUGGUCCUCAACACCCUGCACUUCAAUCGGGAGAAAGCAAAGGCACCUGCCUGAUGUCUUCUAUCUGAAAUCCUUUUAACUAGAUACAGGGCCUGCACAUCAUAUGUAGCUGUUACAUUCCAUGGAUGGCAUGAAUACGCAAAAGUACAUAUACUCAAACCACCACCCUGGAACUGUCCCUAUGUGACCAUCUUGCCUUACCAGAUAGUUUGUAGGACCCCUUACCAUUAGGUCCAGUCGUGGACAACUCUGGGGUUGCGGCGCUCAUUUCACUUUAUUGGCCGAGGGAGCCGGCGUUUGUCCACAGAGAGCUUCCAGGUCAUGUGGCCAGCAUGACUAAGCCACUUCUGGCAAACCAGAGCAGCGCACAGAAACGCCGUUUACCUUCCUGCCGGAGCAGUACCUAUUUAUCUGUUUGCACUUUGACAUGCUUUCAAACUGCUAGGUGGGCAGGAGCAGGGACCAAGCAGCAGGAGCUCACCCUGUCGCGGGGAUUCGAACCACUGACCUUCUGAUCGGCAAGCCCUAGGCUCUGUGGUUUAACCCACAGUGCCACUUGCAUCCUUGCUUACUCAUAUCCAAAUUGAGUACUUGGAGGGAACUUUCCUCCUGCUAUAUGUUUCAGGGUAGAACGAAGCAAAAAGUUAAUUUAAAAUAGUAAGAAUUUUUCUUGUUUGUACAGAACAUUUCUUCCACGUACCUCUGUGAAAGGCAGGCAGACAUGUUGCAGUUAGUAAUCGGAAUAACACUACAAAAAUGUGAAGUAUGUUGCAGAAACGUAAAUCACUGGAACCUGCAUUCUCCAUUCUCCUCUCAUCUUUUUGGAACACACUCCAAAUAAUUUGUAGCCACUGGGAGUAUGUGAUAUUGGCACAGCUCAGCAGAAGGCUUCUGCUAAAUUCUUCCUAGUGUUCCAAACUAUCAGGAGCAGUAAAUUUAGUCUUUUGAGAAAAAUGAAUACCCUUCCCCGCCAAGGAAUAACAUUUCUUAAAGGUUAAGUCUAUCUCCAAAGAUAUUUAAUCUGCUUUGAUUUAUUCUAGGGCUUCCAUCUUGCAAAAUCUGUACUUCAAAAUUUUCCAAACAAACAAGCAAAAAAGAACAGAAUUAAAAAGAUUUUACAAUCUUCAUAUUGAAAAUAACUGGGUAUAGCAUGAGAUGUAAAAACCCUAUCCUUCUGAGGGGAUGCCCCGGAAGCUAUAUGGGAGAACAGUCAGCAUUUCACUGUUAAUCUCUUUAAGAUUGUCUGUGCCAAGAAUACUCCUCCAUGGCUCCUGAGGUACGUGACAGCUAUCACCCAGUGACUAAUACCCCCUUUAUAGGCAACAUGCUGGAGAGAGUGAUGGCAAUUCAGCUGCAGACACUUCUGAAAGAAAUCAAUUAUCUGAACCCAGUCCGAUCUCUCUUUUCGGUCAAAGUUCAGCAUUCAGACUGCUGUAUCCUGUUGGUUCUUUCCCUCCUUCCCUUCCCUCUUUUUGCACAAUGGCUGCUGAUGUCACAGUACCAAGUUGGGGAAACACUAAGACUAUUUAUUACUUACAUGGUGCCCUCUUCUCCCCUCCUGCCACCCCUCUGGCAUCUCAACUGUGUUUGAGUGUUAAAUAUAAUCUGUGUUGCUUCACUGACCACUGUGCAAGGUCCUUAUAGCAUUCGCAUCUACACCUGUCCACUUAACAAUAAAACUAUCUUCUAUUUUUAAACCUCAGCGGCACAACUCCAUCUCCUUCAUUACUUGAAAGUCCAGGCUCAGCUCAGAACUAAAAAUAGGUUUAUCUCUUUGGCGAUCACUUGUAGCCGAGUAAGAUUGUCUUCCAUAAACACGGUUUUAACAACGAGUCCGUAAGUGAUUGUGGGGGCCAAUUCUGGAUCCACACGUUCUUCCACAGUGGGGACAUAGGUUUCCAGGCGGAAGUUGAUCACGGUGAGGGGGUGCCAAGCAUGCCUUCCUCUUAGCGUGUUUCUUCCUUUCAGCCUGAGUUUGAGCAUCUUCAAAGCCCAUGACACCUUUGGUAAAGGCUGUUCUCCAACUGGAGCACUUCCAGGCCAGUGUUUUCCAGUUGUCAGUGUUUCCCAGUUGCCAUUUUAUACUACAUUUUUUUAAAGUUUUGCCUUGAGACAGUAUUUAAACCUCUUUUGUUGACCACCAACAUUACACUUUCCAUUUGUAAGUUGGGAAUAGAGUAGUUGCUUUGGAAGACGAUCAUCAGGCAUCCACGCACAACAUGACCAGUCCAACGAAGUUGAUGUUGAAGAAUAGGUUUAUACAGUUAGAACACUGUGGGUCUCCAAUCCUUGUUUUGAAGCUCACAUGAUUGAAAAUGCUUGCUAUUGUCAUGGCCUUGGGACUGAGGUAUCAGGCAGCAGUUGAGAGGUGGGGUCAGACGUGCUCCCCAAUCCUUCCCACAUAGGAUCCUCUGCUUCCGAUCCUGUUGCCCCAUCUGCUAACACCUUCGAAGGUACCACAGCACUCUGAAGAGUGGGACUUUUCCAGAAAGCUAGAAUGCCUUGGGGUAGUGUUUUUCAACCAGGUCCCCACUGACCACAACCUUCACCCACAAGAAGGAGCUGGUAACUGGAAAAGAAGAUGCAGGUCCUUUAAGAUGGCUGGUUGUAGCACUAAGCGGGGGUUGAAUCUCCAGAAGUACCUUAGCUACAGGGUUGCUAUCAGUGGCCUUGAACUGGUGCAAAUAAUAUCUGGGACAGCAUCUGCAGUGCUGCAGUGGAGACAGGUUGUGUAUCCCCAGAAGUGACCAGAGGAGGAGUGACUAAUGGGAGGAGUGCAGACAGAAGAAACUGUAGCAGCAAAACCGGACACCUUCAUCUCCCUCACCUGCAAUAAAACAUGUCUCUCCCGUAUCAGUCUCUACAGCCACAGCAGGUGCUGUAAGUCUCCCAAAGGUUUGACAUAACCCAAGAAGGUGCACUCCUCCAUUGGGACAGAGUGUGCAGAAUUUGCAGUGCUGUCCAGGGUCCUGAAGCUGCCUUGCUCCAGAUCAGCUCUAGCUAUCGCCACCUCCCCUUGCAUCUUCUUGGAACCACCAUCAUCCUGGAACAACAGAAUCUCUGAUGGAUCAGGACACCGACCACAUACUAAGACAUUCCUUUUCCAUGAAGUAUCUAGCUAUGUAGUUGGUUUGCUUUGGUCCCCCCGAUUGUUUAAAAGAUGAAUAGUCUUGCCCAGCAGAACUAGAUAGCUUGGUGUUUUUUUAAGUAUAGCAGCCGUAUUUUGCAGGUGAUCUAAAAGCAAUAAAAUGAUACAAAUAGUGAUAUGACUGUUUUUUAAAAAAACAGAAGCAAGAAAAUCCUCUGAUACAGGAGGAGGAGUUUUUUUGGUGUGUGUUUUAAAUUCUCUCUGCCUUGCCUCCCCCCCCCAAUUCUUCCACCAUAAACAUAUAAUUUAUUCCUCUUUUUCUGAACGGUUAAUUGACCUGGCAAAACCAGAGAGCCCUCUAUGCUUUCACCAUCUCAGGCAUGGCUUUAGUCUCUGGCUAGUCUAGCUAGCUUGAUUAGAUACCUUUAUAGAGCUUUUCCAACUCUUGGAUUCUUGAAUAUCCCAAUGUGAAAUUCAACUGCUGCCUGGUACCUACGUCAAUAUGAACAACCUUUCCAGAGAUUUCUCAUGUGUCCGUCUACUUCCUCCAUCUAGAGAUUCAGCAAAUACGGUUCAUGUUCAUAGCCUGAUUUAUGGGCAGUGCAACCCCCAGGAGUUGAUUGGAGCUACUUGCCGCAGUAAAUUAGAUAUUGAGCCCUUCAGGGCAAGGUCUUGGCCUCUCAUGCUUUUGUAGAGUGCCCAGCACACUUUGCUGAUCUGGAAAAUGGCUAUUAAUUAAGCAUGCAGAACACUGCAGCAACAAGGACUGCUGUCAACCAUUUCUUUGUGGGUCAAGGACUUAUUUCUCUUGGUUGGGAGUAGGUGUGCAUGCAAAUAUAAUCUUCUCCACCUCUUUCACUUCUUCUUAAAGACUUUUUGGAGUAAUAGGAGUUGGAGAUUUCUAUUACAGUGGUACCUCUGGUUAAGAACUUAAUUCGUUCCGGAGGUCUGUUCUUAACCUGAAACUGUUCUUAAACUGAAGCACCACUUUAGCAAAAGGGGCCUCCUCCUCCUGCUGCACCGCCAGAGCACGAUUUCUGUUCUCAUCCUGAAGCAAAGUUCUUCACCCGAGGUACUAUUUCUGAGUUGGCGGAGUCUGUAACCUGAAGCGUUUGUAACCCAAGGUACACUGUACUUCAGACUUUAAAUUAUGACAGCCAAGUGCCGCUGGUGGAAAGGUCUAAGUUGGCUUUAGCAUGAGGAAUGUUUUUGGACACCCUCUAGGGACACAGAUCCGACAUUAGCUCCUUUCCCUGAGGUUUAUAGAGGAGAACUUCACAGUGGGUUGCAUUCCUUGUUAAUUAGUGGAAGAAGAUGUGCCAUUUGAAUGUUCUAUCUAUUCCAUACAUAGUGAUGUAUGGAAGUGAGAGCUGGACCAUAAAGAAGGCUGAUCGCCGAAGAAUUGAUGCUUUUGGUAGUUCUUGAAGCUACCAACAUGAAUUUGACCAAACUGCGGGAGGCAGUGCAAGACAGGAGUGCCUGGCGUGCUCUGGACCAUGGGGUCACGAAGAGUUGGACAUGACUAAACAACAACAACAACAUCUCUGACCCCACCGUCCUUGUGCUCAUCUUACAGGUGUGCUUGAAUUCACAAGGGCUUGCAUAGAACUUGCCAGUGGAUUGUACCCAUGGGCCAGAGCUGUUAAUCUUCUACUCUGCCCCUCUUGACAACCUCUGAGAUUCAGCUCUGGAGGCAGCCACUUAGUUCACCUCAUGCUGAAACUAUCUUCCGGUAAAGGGUUAAGUACAGGUUCUGCUUUGUACUUUGGGAGAAAUUAUAUGCUAUACCGGGGUAGGCAACCUAAGGCCCGGGGUCCGGAUGCGGCUCAAUCGCCUUCUCAAUCUAGCCCGCAGACGGUCUGGGAAUCAGCGUGUUUUUACACGAGUAGAAUAUGUGCUUUUAUUUCAAACCCAUCUCUGGGUUAUUUGUGGGGCCUGCCUGGUGUUUUUACACGAGUAGAAUAUGUGCUUUUAUUUAAAAUGCAUCUCUGAGUUAUUUGUGGGGCAUAGGAAUUUGUUCAUUCCACCCCCCCCCCCAAAAAAAUAUAGUCCAGCCCACCACAUGGUCUGAGGGAUGGUGGACCGGCCCACGGCUGACAAAGGUUGCUGACCCCUGGGCUAUACAGUACUUGACCUGCCUUGCACUUGAUAUUUCAUCAGUAUUGAAAUUGUGUCAUUUUUGCCCUGUGUUUAGAUAAGAUGCUGGCAAAUCAGUUGUGAAUCUUGGGCUGCUGUGGCUCAUUUGUAUGAGAGCUAUUUUUAUCAUAUAAUUGUAGAGUUGGGACUCCAAUGGUCAUCUAGCCAAAAUCCCUGCAAUGCAGGAAUCACAGCUAAAGAAUCUCUGACAGAUGGCGAUUCAACCUCUGUUUAAAAACCUCUACCACCUUCCAAGGGAGUCCGUUCCACUGCGGAACUGCUCUUAACAUCAGAAAGUUCUUCCUGAUGUUCAUUCAGAAUCUCCUUUCUUGCCAUUUGAAUCCUUUGGUUCGGGUCCUGCCCUCUGAAGCAGCAGAAAACCAGCUUGCGCCAUCUUCCAUUUCACAGCCCUGGGUAUGGUCUUGCUGAAGGUACGCACUUCAAAGUCAGGUUGAUUUCCGUGGUGCAGAUCGGAUAUGUGGUUAAUUUUUUGUCAUUGGAAUCAAUAGGACAAAUGCUUAACUUUGACUGGAUCACGUCACGUACCGGUAUAUUUUCCUUCAAGACACGACUGGCUCUUCUUGCAAUGCUGGGACACAGCUGCAGAAUUCACCUUCAUAAGAAAAUCAAUAACAAAGCUUGUCUUAGUUUGUGUGUGUUAGAAUGUUAUUUAACUAUCCAAGCACCUUUUGCACUCUUAUUUCUUCUUUUUUAAGUACUCUUCCUCCUCCAUGCCUCACUGGUCUUUAAGGAAAGAAUAUGUCUGUAGUGCUCAAGCUUUAUAUCAAAGCAAUUUCGCUCUUAAAUAGAGACGUUAGGUUUCUCAGACCAUCCUAAUAGGUUGGAUAAGUUUCAUACCUCCUUGCUUAGCAGGAUGAAGUAAGGCUUAACCAAAUCAGCAUUGAGCAAACAAUACCGUGUUUCCCCUUUUUUAAUACGUAGCCAUAAAGUAAGCCAUGGCAGCAUUUUUUAGGAGUUGCUAUAUCUAAGACACCCCCCGAAAAUAAGACAUACCUCUCAUACCAUAUACAGCGAGACCGCCAAGCGCCCCAGCCAGCCAGCGGGACCCAGCCAGCCAGCGGGGCCUGGAACCAGCUGCUGCAGCGGCGAGCCACCUGCCGGAACAGGCGGCUGCAGAGUGGAGCGCUCUGCAGC